GAAAAUAGCAAAUAAAUAAAAUAAUUUAAAUAUCAAUUGUCAUGGCUGCUAGUGUUGUUUUGGGUAUUUGGAAUUCUAAUCAAUUCCAACGCAUUAAAAUAGAAAAUGUAGAUUUAGAAAGCAAAGUUGAAAUUCUGAAAAUGCAAGCUAUAAAACUUCUCAAUAAUUCUACCAAUAUCGAACUAGCGUUUUGUGGUGUUAUACUUGAAAACGAAAAUACUUUGUCAUCAUAUGGAGUCACACCUGGAGUCACUAUCCAUGUCUUGGAAAAACCAAAACCCAAGAAAACUCAAGAAACAAAAAAAAUGACAGAAGUUGAGGUUCAGCAGCUUGUUAGCGCUUUUAGAACCUUCACUUUGUCUUCAGGUUAUCGUACAGCAUUGCAGAGGCUGUAUAGACAAGACAUUCUGGAUAAAAUAGUGACCGAUAUUCCUGGUCUCUCCGAUGACCCAGCAGCUGUGGCCAUAAUACAAGACCCCGAAUUAAUAAUCCAUAUGGCCGACCCAGACACGGUACGUAAAGUCGCUGAAGAGCAUCCAGUCCUUAUCGAAGCUUCAAAUUACAUUAUUUCACGAGUGCAAGACGAACAAGCAAACGUCAGUCCUAAUCAACCCACCACAAGCACAGGAUACUCGUACUCCUUAGAAGCCCUUUCAGAUGACGACGACAUGGACUCAAAUUCCGACACAAACGUUUCUCAACACCCCCUCACACGAAACUCCUCUUAUAACGCUAUCACUGCAGCUCAACUCGCUGCGGCCAUAGCCAAUGCGACCAACACUCAAUUUAACACGAAUAGUGCCGGCAUGCCUAGCACGCCAACCUCUAACAAUUUCAUUACCAAUGAAAUGUUUACGAAUGCUAUCCAGCAAGCUUUCGCCUUUGGGGGGUCAAAUAACGCAGGUCUUUCACCUGCAUUGCCCAGUCGGAAUGAUGAGGAAUCUCUCGACAGUAUUACCAGAAGGUUACAGCCACAGUUGCAACAAAUGCACGAGAUGGGCUUCGUAAAUGACUCCGUCAAUAUUCGAGCCCUACAAGCAACAUCGGGAGAUGUUAACGCAGCCGUAGAGUUAGUCUUCAAUGGAGUGAUUGAUUGAAUUUUGUAAAAAUAAUUUGUGAUAAAAGUGUUGCACAUAUAUGCAUUAAUAAUAGUAAAUAUAUAUCUUCAGUUUCUAA